AUGCACCCCCUCCUCACCCUAAAAAUGGAGCCGAAGCAGGAGAAUAUGCUGUUCUGCUGUGCCGGGGGGGUACAGGACGGUGAGCUCCACGUGAAGACGGCUGCAGGGCCGUACAGCACCUGGGAACCCGAGGAGAACAUCCUGGACUCCCGCCUCAUCGCAGCCUUCGAGCAGAAGGAACGAGAGCGUGAGCUGUAUGGGCCCAAGAAGAGAGGACCUAAGCCUAAAACUUUUCUCCUGAAGGCUCGGGCCCAAGCGGAGGCCCUCCACAUUGGGGAUGUACACUUUUCUGUCAAGCCUGGUUCUAGCACCUCCUCUCCCAAGCUCCACUCCAGCGCCGCAGUGCACCGGCUCAAGAAAGACAUCCGGCGAUGCCACCGCAUGUCCCGGAGACCCCUGCCCCGUCCAGACCCCCAGAACGGCGGGAGCGUGGGUGGGGGGGCUGGCAUCCGUCCUCCCGUCUCGCCCUUCUCGGAGACCGUCCGCAUCAUCAACCGUAAGGUGAAACCCCGCGAGCCCAAGCGCAGCCGCAUCAUCCUCAACCUCAAAGUCAUUGACAAAGGUGGGAAGCCAGCCAACGGGGCCGGGGGCCUGGCUCGGCCCAAGAUCCCGUCCCGAAACCGUGUCAUUGGCAAGAGCAAAAAGUUCAGCGAGAGUGUCCUCCGCACCCAGAUCCGCCACAUGAAGUUCGGCGCCUUUUCGCUCUACAAUAAGCCGUCCGCUGCGCCUGCCCCCUCUCUGGAGGGCAAAGGGGAGGCUGAAGGCUCCCAGGCAGCCUCCUGUGGGCUCAUUAUGAGCUCCACCCCCUAUGAUGCCCCCAGCUCCAGCUCCUCCGGCUGCCCAUCGCCCGCCCCGCAUUCCUCCUCUGACCCCGAUGAUUCCCCUCCAAAGCUGCUGCCCGAGACCCUCAGCCCUGCCAUCCCCGACUGGCGCGAGUCAGAGGUCCUCGACCUCUCGAUUCCGCCCGAGUCAGCCGCCACCAGCAAGCGUUCUCCCCCAGGAGGGUGCAGUGGGGGGCAGACGCCCUCCUUGUCCCUCUCAUCUUCUGACCCGGAGCAGGAGGCCGGCGACUGGCGUCCCGAGAUGUCCCCUUGCUCCAACGUGGUGGUCACGGAUGUCACCAGCAACCUCCUCACCGUCACCAUCAAGGAGUUCUGCAACGCAGAAGAUUUUGAGAAGGUGGCGGCGGGCGGCGGCGGCGGAGGCAGCAAGUGAGCAGCCAGGUCCCCCCGCUCCAGGGGCAUGGGGGGAGCUCUACCUGCGAGAAGUCGUGGUGCGAAUGGCUGUCCUUAGUUCUCUCCUUCUCCCCUUGGCUGUCCCUCUGCCCUCACUACCACCCUUCCUCCUCCUUUCCUCCUGCCCGCUCCCUCUUGCCCGGAGGCUGGAGCGUGUCAGUGGUGGGGAGCGGGGGCACCCCCCGUUCCUGGGUGUCGCUGCCGCUGGGAGGAGGCAGGGAGGGUCGUGGUGGGGCUGGGGAGUGGUUGUUUGUCCUUGAAUGUGGUGUUGUCCAACGGGCGGUGGAGCCUUUGGGGAUGAGGGAUGGGAGAGCGUGUGUCUGUGUGCCUGUGGGGGUGAUGGGGAAGGUGCUCUUCCUCUUCCUUCCCCUUCCAUCUUUGACAAAAAGUGAAGAGGAGCUCCAGACCCUUGAAGGGGGAGGAUGUAAGAGGAUUGGAGCCCUUGCCCACACCCCCCCAAGCCUUCUCCCACAGUGUGCAUGCAGUCUCUUUCAUUCCUGUUUCCCCCUUGCCGUGACUCCGAUCCUGCCAUCCUUCCUGGCCUGCGGCCUGGUUCUGCACUCUCCUCUGCUGUCCUCGUGGCAGUUGCUGAUCCAGAUGCCCCCAGAGUGAAGGGGAGAGGGGCAGGUGAAGCGUCAUGCCUGGAAGGUGCUUGAGACAAAGAUGGGGUGGUGGGGAGUGCCCCACGCAGCAUAUGCCCCCAUAUUGGCUUCCCCUUUCCUUUGACUAUUGGUGCUACCUUGGCAGUUGUAUGGGUGCUUUCAGGUGCCCUGGUCCCUCCUCUUCUCCUGCAUCUUCCAACUUGCUCAGCUCUGCAGGGGGAAGGGAAGAAAAGGGGAGUCUGCUUCUGGCCCAGAUCUUCCUCCUGGUGUUCAUCACUUGCACUUGCUUGGGGGAGAGGGCAUGAAAUGCCCUUCCCUGGCCUUUCCGUGGUGGAAGUGGGAGUGGGCCAUGCAUCCAUCCUUCAGUUUGGGGGAAGAUACACUGACAGCAUGACGCUGCCCCAGCCGGGUGAGGCUGGUCUCCUGCCUUGCGCGUAAGCUUCCCCUGACCCUUUUUGCUUCCCCCCACUCCCUCGGAAAGAGGGAGGAAGGGAUGCUAAGAUGGGUCGUUUGCUCUUCCUGCUUCUUUUCUUCUCCUGCUCUCCCUUCCCUGUGGUGGAUGGCCUGGAAGAGGGCUCCCCUCUGUCUUUGCAGGAUCUGAAACAGCCCUUACAACUGUCAACCAAAGGUGCUAAUAAGAAAUAACUGUGUCUCUGACAUCGUAUGCAUGUGCGCUGGAUCUCUUCCCCCAGAGCUCCUGUGAGCUGAUCUAUAAAUUCCUUCUCAUCGCCCCUAGCAAGUAGGAGCGAGCGAGACCACAGCUUGCUGUUCUUUACCCACGGCUCCUUCUUUCCCUGACCACCCCUUGUUCACAUCCAAAAUAAGCUCUCUCUUUUGCCUGCCGUUUCUGGCUUGCUCCAUUUCUGUGUGGGUCCUAAGCUUCACAGUGAGAUGCUGUUCCUUUGCUCUCCCUUUCCCCCCUACUCGCACAGGACUCAGCCUGUAGGGGCAAGGAAAAGAGGUGCUGAUCAAUCAGUGGGAGAGCCUCGCCUCUGAGCCCUAUCCCUGGUAUUUGGGAUGGGGCAGAGUGGUGUCACUUCUACAUAACAUGCUGCAGAGGUGAAAAGGGUGGAAAAAAAUUCCCUGCGCCAGGGCUCGCAUACUUACAAACCUGCCCUGGGCAGGUGAACACGAGUGGAAUCAUCCCCUCUGGUGCUUCCACACGAGGAUGCUCGGGAGCUGCUGGCUCCGAGGAGUGCUCUCGUGCGGAGUAGUGAUUUUGUGGUUGCAGUAGUCCGAGGGUAGAAGGGAGGCAGUUUGUGGGAGAGAGGUGAUGCUUGUCUGCCCCAGGGGUGUCGUCGGGGUGGUAAAGGGAUAGACUGGCUUCUGACCUUAAUUAGGGCUUCUGUGCCCAGAGCUUGUCUUUUCCCCGCCUCUAGCGCCUGGGUUGCUGUAAUAAAAUUUUUGCUGCCCUCCCUGCAAGCCUUGCCUCGCAGCAGGUGGUAUUCAAAGCCUUGGGGCACGGUGAAUUCACACCAGUUGCGGUUGGGUGUCUGUGCAGACAGUCUGAGGGGGAUUCCAGGUGCUGUUAGCACCACCCUUUGCACACCUCUUUUUUUUUUUCUUUCCUUGGUUAAAGAGCUUAGUGGACUCUUUGGGGAUGCAGUUGCAUUCACAGAUGAAGCUAGGGGCAGGGAGAAAGAGACUUCCCCGAUCCAUUCACCAAGCUAAGGCUUCCUAUAACUUGUUGGACUUGUGUGCGUGUCUGUAUUAAUACCUGCCUGUAUUUUUUGUGUCGAUUUUUUUUUUUUGCAUCUUUCCUGUGCCUGGCAC